UAAGCGCAGUGUGGAGGUGAUGGAUGCUGUGCGGCGUGGGGCUCAGCUAGCCAUAGACGAGUGUCAGUUUCAGUUCCGGAACCGCCGAUGGAACUGUUCCACACUGGAAACCAUGCCCGUCUUCGGCAAGGUCGUCACACAGGGCACUCGGGAGGCAGCCUUUGUGUAUGCCAUCUCAGCAGCCAGUGUGGCGUUUGCUGUGACCCGAGCCUGUAGCAGCGGAGAGCUGGAGAAAUGUGGCUGCGACCGCACCGUCCAUGGAGUCAGUCCGGAGGGGUUCCAGUGGUCAGGCUGUAGUGAUAACAUAGCAUACGGAGUGGCCUUCUCUCAGUCCUUCAUUGACGUAAGGGAGAGGAGUAAAGGACAGUCCCCCAGCAAAGCACUCAUGAACCUACACAACAACGAGGCCGGGAGGAAGGCCAUCCUGAGCCACAUGCGUGUGGAGUGUAAGUGUCAUGGCGUGUCAGGUUCCUGUGAGGUAAAGACCUGCUGGAAGGCCAUGCCCCCAUUCCGCAAGGUGGGCAACGUCAUCAAGGAGAAGUUUGACGGCGCCACAGAGGUGGAGCAGCGCAAGGUGGGCACCACCAAGGUCCUGGUGCCACGGAACUCCCAGUUCAAACCUCACACAGACGAAGACCUGGUCUACCUGGAGCCCAGCCCCGACUUCUGUGACCACGACCCACGCACACCAGGCAUGCUGGGUACGGCGGGGCGGCAGUGUAACCGGACGUCGAAGGCCAUCGACGGCUGUGAGCUGAUGUGCUGCGGCCGGGGCUUCCAGACAGAGGAGGUGGAGGUGGUGGACAGGUGCAGCUGUAAGUUCCACUGGUGCUGCUACGUCAAGUGCAAACAGUGCCGCAAGAUGGUGGAGAUGCACACCUGCCGGUGAUCACCAUGGAAACCCCCAGUGGAGACCCAAACAAU